AUGUCGUCAGAUCUCGGAGAAUUUGAUACUCCUGAUUUUGAUAGUACUGCUUCCAGACUUGAUAGACCUUCCUCCUACUUAAUUCACAAAGCAAGACGAAAUCCAAACGGAUACGAAGAGCUCAAGAAAUCCCUUCAGUCUGCCACCGUUUACGUCGGGCGCAUAGGGGUCUACGUUACUGAAGAACAGAUACAUGAGCUUUUUUCAAGAUGUGGUAAGAUUAGGGAAAUUAUUAUGGGAUUGAAUGCUAAGACUCAAUCACCAGCAGGAUUCUGUUUCGUUAUAUUCAGCUCCCCGACCUCGGCCCUUAACGCUGUCAAAUAUUUAAAUGGAACAAUGAUUUUCAAUAACAAGAUGGAAAUAGACUUGGAUCCUGGAUUCGAGGAUGGAAGACAAUUUGGACGUGCUACAGAUGGUUCCCAGAAACAGUAUAACUCGUACCAAAGUCGAACCAGGCCAUCUGGGGGAUACGGGAGAUCAAGGCAAAGCAACUACCGUGGUGGCAGACGUGGAGGAGGCGGAGAAAGAGGUGGCUACAGAUCUUACAAUCGUAAUUAUGAGAACAGUGAAAACCCACGUUUCACCACUGGCCAACUACCUCCCCCCCCGCAUCAAGCUCAGGGUUACAAUAAUUCGUAUGAUAACCAGUAUCAGGGAGAAUAUCAAAAUGGUUACCAAGGUAGCCACCAGAGCAAUCAAGGAGGAUAUCAAGGAGGUUACCAAAAGGAUCAUCAGCAGCACUCCUAUGAUAACUCUCAAUCCAAUCAAGGUGAACGGACAUACGAUAAUAGCGACAGAGAAUCUUAUCAAUCUCAUCAGCAGGAUCUACCCCCUCAUAUGAAAUAA